AUGAAACUCCUGCAGGUCCUGGCUCUUCUCCUGCUGGGGAUGGUCUCCUCUCACAAGAUGAACCGCGGACCACCUGACCCGAAGGCAUCGGGAGCAGAAGAGGUCAGGGCCGCUGGAGAUGAGCCCUGCGAGGAAGAGGAAGACGGAGAGACGUCCCCUGGUCCCGGAGGUCCCGGGGCCAGAGUUGAGUGCCCAAGGGAUGAGGACGUGAUCCCCAUUACUGUCGGCAGAGAGGUCAACACCUCCAGCUUUUUGUUGAUAAUCAAGCCAAAGAAGUUUGACGAAGCCCAGAGGGUCUGUCAGGAGUGCAUCAGGGGUCAGCUGGUCUCAGUCCACAGCUUCAGAUUCAACUGGAAGUUGCAGUUUUCGGCCAAGGGGCUCAACCAGAACCAGAUCUGGAUUGGAGGCAAGGCGAGAGGCUUGGGUCUUCUCAGGAAAUUCCGCUGGAUGGAUGGAACCCCCUGGGAUUUCUCCUUCUGGGCGGCUGGACAGCCCACGAUCUUCGGGGGCCGCUGUGUGGCUCUGAGCUCGCGAGGGGGCCACUGGCGCCGGGUCUUCUGCUGCCAGAAGUUGCCCUUCUUCUGCUCGCUCUGA